AUGACAUCCAGGAGCUCCGCAUCGCGAUAUUCUAAUGCAUCUAAAGAUGUAGUCGGUGAACACAGUGAAAGUUAUGCUGACCCCGCACCUGUCGGUGAAGAUUGGACAGGCUUAGCAGCAUUAGAGGGUCAUAUCGGCUUCAGAGGGCUUUUUCAGAACUCGUACAUUCUAGGAGUGACAUGUUUUGCAACUUUAGGAGGAUUCCUUUUCGGCUAUGACCAGGGCGUUGUCAGCAAUAUCCUCGUAAUCGAGUCCUUUGGGGCAGCCUUCCCCCAAAUUUAUAUGGAUGCUUCGUUGAAGGGCUGGUAUGUCUCAACGUUAUUACUAGCUGCAUGGCUAGGGUCCCUUAUUAAUGGUCCUCUGUGCGACAAAAUUGGCCGAAGACGGAAUAUCAUGUGUAACGUGGUGGUCUUUCUCCUGGGUAGUGCCUUACAGACUGGCGCCACAUCUUCUAACUACCUAUUUGGUGGUCGAGCGGUUGCAGGGCUCGCCGUCGGCGCAUUGACUCACGUCGUCCCGAUGUACUUGGCCGAGAUAUCAAGUGCAAACAUUCGAGGAUCUUUAGUCGGCUUGCAGCAGUUGUCUAUCACACUUGGUGUAUUGGUAUCAGAUUGGAUUGCUUAUGGCACCUCACACAUCGGCGGAACUCGUUGCGCACCUCAGAUACCAUACAGUGGACCGUUGCUCAAUGGAAAUCCUACAUUUGAUCCUUUCAAUGAUGUUCCAUCUGGUGGUUGCACUGCUCAGAAGCAGUCUUCUUGGAGAGUCCCUGUCGGUCUGCAGAUGUUCCCGGCUCUGUGUCUUGGUUUAGGCAUGCUGCUCAUGCCAUACUCCCCUCGUUGGCUUAUGGAACAAGGACGUGAGGAAGAAGCACUGCGAACACUCUCAAAGCUCCGACAGAAGCCCAUAGAUGAGUUAUCUGUUCGCUUUGAACAUUUGGAGAUCAAGGCAGAGAUUCGCCAUGCCAGAGAAACCAGAGAGAUGCUAUAUCCUGCAUCUGGACCUUUCAGACAGUUCUUGAACAAUUAUCUCAUGUUGGUCUCUUCUUGGCCGAAGUUUAAGAGAUUAGCUGUUGGUUGUCUAGUUAUGUUUUAUCAACAAUUUAUCGCGCUCAUCUAUUAUGCCCCAACAAUCUUCGGUCAGCUUGGGCUUAAUCCCAAUACCACUUCUUUACUUGCCACCGGUGUUUACGGAGUGGUUAACACCGUCUCCACUCUACCUGCCGUCGUCCUGUUAGACAGUGUAGGAAGACGGCCUUUACUCAUGUCUGGAUCUGUAGGAUGUUUUACGUCACUCAUCAUUGUAGGUGGCCUCGUCGCAGCUUAUGGGACUGAUUGGCCCGCGCAUGCACUCGCUGGCCGAGUAGCUAUCGCUUUUGUUUAUAUUUACGAUGCGCAUUUUUCUUACUCCUGGGCUCCGAUUGGUUGGGUCCUACCUAGUGAGAUCUUCCCGUUGCACCUCCGAUCUACUGGAAUUUCCAUCACAACAUCAUGCACUUGGCUGAACAAUUUUGUUAUUGGUCUGGUGUCUCCCAUGAUGUUAACCACUUUGGCCCAUGGUGGCACGUAUUUCUUCUUUUCCGCGUUUGCCCUUUUGUCUUUCUUCACUACAUGGCUUUUUAUACCUGAAACCAGAGGAAGGACUCUUGAGGAAAUGGACGCUGCCUUUGGGGACAAUGCGACAGAAAAGGAGCGACAACACAUGCAAGUGAUCUGCAGGGAACUAGGUUUACCAGAACGUGCUCUUUUUGGAGUUUGA